AUGAAGCCACCCCUCAGCAUUGGCCAGGUCCCCAAGAGGCUGGGUGCUGGGCACACUGCAGCCGCUCCCAAAAAGCAAAUGGGCCUCAGUGGAAGUGUCAAGAAUCAGACCAACUUCAUCUGUUCCCAACAAAAUAUUGUAGACAGUAGUGCUAAUGAAACUCCUAUUAGUGGUGAUACUGGAAUUGCCACUAGUACCAUAGCUAACUACUUAUCUAAAUUUUCAAACGCUCCAGUUAUAUGCAAAUUGGUUGGAAGAAAAGUUCUUGAUGGAGUUGGUCAGCCAACAUUAGAAGUAGAAAUACACUGUACAGUUAAAAACUGUGAGCAGAGGAUUUGUUCUGCUGUAAUGUCUUCUCAUUGUCAAAUACCUGAAAAUGAUUCCUCUGAAACAACUGAAGCUGAUGAGAAAGAGAGAGAUGACUCUGUUAGCACUGCUGUGGAAUGGGUCAAUGGAUCACUGAACACAAUGUUAAAAGGCUUGAAGCCUGCUGACCAGUGUCAAAUUGAUGAGAUACUUGGAGAAUACUUUAUGAAAAAGGUAGAAGAAAAAAUCGAAAUUCAAAAGCAAGAAGAAGAAAGAGAAGAAAAAGCAGAAGACACUCUUGCCCUUACUUCAUGCAUUCCAUCAGCUACAGCACUACCUAGGAAAAAAAAAUCAGCAAAACCAGGAAAGAAGGGGUCAGAAGCAGAGAGGACAAUCCCACCUGCAGAACCUGUUGAGUCAGUGCUUUGUGGCAGCAUAGCCAUUGGGGGAACAUCCCUUGCUGUAGCUAAGGCUGGUGCCACCAUUAGCUGUAUCCCACUGUACUUACAUAUUGCACAGCUGAAACAUCAGCAGGAUUCACCUAAAGAAAUGACUCUACCACUCCCAAUGGUUACUCUGUUGAACUGUGAAAAAAUCUCACCUGCAAAACUGAAAUUAAUGAAGGAAGUUAUGCUUAUUCCACCAGUUCAGUUAUCACUCAAACAGGGCAUGGAAAGAGUUCUGGGAAUUCAGAAAGAAAUGAUGAGACUGUUGCAGCCCCCAGGCAAAGCGGUACAACAUCAUCAACUAGCAGACAGUAAGAAAGGCAAAGCACAUAAUGCAGGGAAGAAAGCUCUGCCACGAGCCUUAAGAAUAUCACACUUAGGUUGCCCAACAACAGAAUGUGAUAGUCUAGAACAGCCACUACUCCUGAUGAAAACAGCUUGCAGCAAUGUAGGUCUGGAGCUAGGAACAGACAUGUUCUUAGCAGUGAAUUGUGCUGCUCAUGAAUUAAUGGAUUAUGCUAAAGGAAAAUACGAAAUACUCACUGGAACAUUCAAAAGUCCCGAUGAAAUGGUUGAAAUGUACAUGGAACUGAUUAAUAAAUUUCCUUUUAUUAUUGUAUUAAUAGAUCCCUUAAGAAAAGAGGACAGACAACAAUGGAAUCAAAUAUGUUGUGCUCUUGGUUCCAAAUGUUACCUGAUCGCUGAAGAUGCUGCCACAUGUAUUUCCAAAAGUAAAAUUGACCAGAACGUGAACAUACCAAUGUGCAGUGGUGUUGUCCUGAAAUAUAUCAACCAAACGAAGGUAUCAGACCUCAUAGAACUUACUGGACUUCUAGACGGUCAAAGACAUAUUACCAUAUUAGGAAGUCCAGAUGGAGAAGCUCCUGAUGAUAGCCUUGUGGAUCUGGCUGUUGGAGUGGGUGCCAGGUUUAUCAAGUUGGGAGGUCUUUCCCGUGGAGAAAGGGUGACCAAAUACAACCGCCUCCUGGCUAUAGAGGAAGAACUGGCCAAGAAUAGAACUCUAC